GCGCCGUGCGGCAGGCCCGCCGGCAAGGUGAAGAAGGCCGGCGCCAAGCCCGAACAGUGGCACGUCUGCUGGGAGCGUUUCGGGAAUGGGGAGCACCUGCAGGCGAUAGCCGCGACCGGCGGAGUGGGCGGCAAGGCGGUCCAGCCCUCCACCGUGCUGGGCAACCUGCUGCGCGCGCUGACGGAGGGCAUGCCGGUCAACCUGCGGGGCUUGGCCGCCGAGGCGCCCAGUGCCGGCUGCGCGAAGCCCCCAGACGAAACCGAGUGGGAGAAGAUCGAGGAGGCCUGCGCCGUGACUGGCGUCGACCCCCUGGCGAGCAGCGCGGCCGCGAAGGACGUCCUCCGGCACGUGCUGGGGCCGCAGGUCGACCGGGAGCCCACGGAGAAGUCCGACGCCGACCGGGCCAUCGAGUCCCGCUGGUACGACCUCAUUAGGUGGAGUUUCACGUUCAAGCGCUGCGGCUUCCAGCCCAAGUUUGGCGAUCAAGCGAUGGCCGAGACGACCGACAGAAAACCUGUGGCGACCGCGUUCAAGCUGAGGUGA